ACUCUACUUUGCCUCUGCCCGACGACCCGAAUGGCUGACGGAAAUUACCGAGAGAUCGAUCUCGAGCGAGUAUGGAUGCCCAUUCUUAUGUAGCUAGCUAGGCUCAACUCGAAGCUCUGCGAGCCCCACGGCCUAUGGCGGAGCAUCCGAAGCCAUGCAUGCAUCGUGCAUGGUGUGUGAGGCCUGAGCAUUCAAGUCGACUCUCUUGCAGCUAGCUUGGACUGAAGUUUGAACUCGUGGCCUGUGAGGUUCUGAAAGUGAAUGUUUAGUGAUCCGCCUUACCAGUUGCGGUGCUUCCUUCUUGAUCAUUUUGAAUUAACAAGCAUUUUACCUUCCCCCUGAUUCGCGGUUCUUUUGACUUGAGUGUGAAUGGUGAAGAACAGACCAACCUGUGUGACGAGGGGAUAAUGUCAUGGCUUGCUCAGAAUGAGUGAAGAAAAUACUUCAGCCGGGUCUGCAUUAGUGGAAGCGAUUCCGCCCGACGGCCCUAUAGGGGGCGUCCCACUUGCCAAACCCAUUCAUAUCCAGCGUCUGGAACAAGCUGUCCGCUUGGACUCAUUUCUUGACUUUGUGGAUCGGUGCAUGGAAGAGCCCUUAGUAGAGGAAGAAGCAACAGUAAAGGACAGAGAUAUAGAAGAGGUUGGGAAAGAAUUUGUACCUGAGACUCAGUCAAAUCCUGUCAUUGACCAGGAGUAUCUAGCAGAUGUUAAAUGUGAUCAAGAUAUUGUUGACACUGAUACAUUAGCCAAAGCAGAGAGAAGAUCAGACAAGAGAAAGUUUUUCAAUUUUGGGAAGGUGAAGAAAAAUAGGAGGUGGCUGAAGGCCAUACUAUUAAGUGACUCUUCCGAUCUUGAGGAUGAGGAAGAGGAGGACAAGUCUCUUUCAAAAAAUGACCUUCGGGAAAUGCUAAGACUUCACAAAUUUGGGAGACAGUGUAAAAACCAGUUCUACAUAGAAAGCGAACUUCAGCAAUACCAGUACUACAGUGCAGGACUUUUGUCCAACUACGACAAAUUCCUGGACCAUCAGAGGACAAUCCUUGGGCCCAAGAAAGCCAAGAAAACUUCCAGCAGUAGUAAAAUCAAAGAAAAACUCAAGCGAGAGAGAGAAAGGAAAGAAAGCGAGGAUCAGGGUGAGCCACAGAUGAUGCAGGAGUGUGUCUCAGACUAUGAUGGCUCAGUAGCUGUGUUUCAGGAUGCUAAUAGAAAGUUUACCUCAAUCAAGGACGUUGAUGCCAGAAGGAAGAGAAUAUGGCUGGCCAUUGCAAAGAGAGAUAUCCCCAAGGCCCACAAACAUCGUGCCUCUGUGCACAACAACAUACUGACGAACUGUCGGAAGAUGGCGCAGGGAUGCCAGAAGGAGCUACGCCGUACAGCCAUCCAGUCUCAGAGGCUGUGCAAGGAAACUCCUUACAAGGCAAGACGUCUUACCCGAGAGAUGAUGGCAUUCUGGAAACACUAUGAGAAGGUGGAGAAAGAACAUCGCAGGAAGGCUGAAAAAGAAGCUCAGGAACAGAGGAGAAUCGAUGAUGAGUUUAGAGAGGCAAAGCGUCAGCAGCGCAAAUUGAACUUCUUGAUCACGCAGACCGAACUCUACGCACAUUUCAUGAGCCGUAAGCUGACUGGCCAAGGGGAGGAGGAGAGAAAUCGCAUACUCAAUAUGUUAGAUGAGAAGACGCCUCAACGACAGCGUACUGUCAAAGAGGGCCUUCUUGUGGAUAUAGAAACAGAUGAUUAUGAUACUGAGACAAUGAAGCAACGUGCCUUAUUAAAUGUGACUAAUGCAUACAACUCAUUUGAGAACUCAAAGAAAGAUUUUGAUUGUGAUUCAACUUUGCCACAACUAGAGUCUGCUUUCAGCUUGUCGACUCCCUCUAUGGACACAGUGCAGAACCCUCAACCAUCCAUGUUCCGAGGGACAUUGAAGGGAUACCAGCUCAAAGGGAUGAACUGGUUGGUUAACCUAUAUGACUGUGGUAUCAAUGGGAUUCUAGCUGAUGAAAUGGGUCUGGGAAAGACUGUACAGAGCAUUGCCUUUUUAGCCCAUCUAGCUGAGAGCCAAGGUAUCUGGGGUCCAUUUCUUGUGGUUGCACCUGCAUCUACUCUCCACAACUGGACUCAAGAGUGCAGUAGAUUUGUGCCAAAGCUAAGGGUUUUGCCAUAUUGGGGGAACCCCCAGGACCGGAAGACUCUGCGUAAGUUCUGGGGCCAACGCCCACCAGUACUCCACACGGAACAAGCCGAGUUCCACAUCCUGGUGACCAGCUAUCAGCUGGUUGUUCAGGACAUCAGGUACUUCCAACGUAUCAAGUGGCAUUACAUGAUCCUUGAUGAAGCCCAAGCCAUCAAGAGCAGCUCUAGCGUUCGUUGGAGACUACUACUUGGGUUCAACUGUAGGAACAGGUUACUGCUCACAGGAACACCUAUCCAGAACAGUAUGGCUGAGUUAUGGGCCUUGCUUCAUUUCAUCAUGCCAACACUGUUUGAUAGCCAUGAAGAAUUCAAUGAUUGGUUCUCAAAGGACAUAGAGAGCCAUGUAGAGAAACAAUCUGGAUUUGAUGAAGAGCAACUAUCUCGAUUGCACAUGAUCCUGAAACCAUUCAUGUUGAGAAGAGUCAAGAAAGAUGUGGAGAAUGAACUCUCAGACAAGAUUGAGAUCUUGAUGUACUGUCAGCUGAGUACCCGUCAACGUCUAUUCUACAAAGCCAUUAAGAACAAGAUCUCCAUUGAAGACCUCUUCAAGUCUCAUUCCUCCUCAACCUCACAAACCAAUAAUCUCAUGAACCUUGUCAUGCAGUUUAGAAAGGUAUGCAAUCAUCCAGAGUUAUUUGAGAGAAGAGAUACUAUGUCUCCAUUCCAUACACACCUUGAUGAAGUUACGUUACCAAGGCUACUGCUUCAAGAAGGCAUCGUUGAAAACCAACCGUUCAGAAACAAGGUCCUGUACUACAUGCUAUCGGUAUUCUCAGCGGAGAACAUCCAUUCCUCUCUGUUUGGUGAACACUGCUCUGGUCACUCCAGAUCAGCUUUCUCAUUCUCCUGCUUUGUGGAGAUCACACCAGCUCAGCUCCAGUCCUUGAAGAGUGGGCUGAUGGCCAGUUGGCUUCUCCUUUUCCUAGUCAUGAAGGCUGCCUACAGGGUCUAUCUUGAUGGUACCUGGAAAGAGAUGAUCAAAAGCAAUAGGAGACUUCUUCAUCUGCAACCUCUCCGUGCCACCAGUCAAGCCAGCCGAUCCUGCAGCCCUGUCCUGCAGGAUAUGUUGUUUACCACAUGGACCACCACCCUGUCCUCCCACAAUACUCAUCUCUACCAUCACAUGGCAGAGACCGGCUGGCACAAGAGGGUACGGACCAGAACAAGUCAGAACCCAGCCCCCUCAUCGCUGUCAUCGCCGCAGUCAUCGUCAUCCUCGACUGGGAUGAUUUCACCUCUCAAGCACAAGAUCGCCUCGUUGACUCCUUCCAGUGGGGCCAAGUCACCAGGAUUCACCUUCGCAGGGUCAGCAGGAAAGAGUCCAUCGUCAAGCCAAGGAAGUGAGAGUCCAGCAUUCAAGCAGGUUGGCUCACUGCUUACACCUCGUAUGAGACCUGUUACUCUUAGAAGAUGCCAAAGGACUGAGAUGCCUUCAUUUCUCUUCAAUACAAUACCAAAGGUUUAUGCUGCACCUCCAAACUUUUACUGCAACGAUCGGCAUGUAGCCUGUCAACUCUCAAGACUACGGCAUGGGGAUAGCCUAGAAGCAAUGCAGUGUAUCAAGUAUGGUUCACCAGAGAUCUACCAGGAGAGGAGGUCUAAUCUACUCAGACCACCACCUGUAGGAGGUCUCUCAGCUCUCAAGCCUCAUUACGGGUGGUCUAAAAUACAGAUACCAGAUAAAGACUACUUGGUGACAGACUCUGGGAAGAUGCAUGUACUAGAUGACCUCUUAUCUCAGUUAAAAGAUCAAGGCCAUCGUGUCUUGAUCUACUCCCAGAUGACAAGGAUGAUUGACAUCUUGGAGGAAUUCUUAUGGCAUCGUAAACACACCUACAUGAGACUGGAUGGUUCAUCUAAGAUCUCAGAUCGCAGGGAUAUGGUAGCUGGUUUUCAGACAAGAUCUGACAUCUUUGUGUUCUUGUUGAGUACCCGUGCCGGUGGUCUAGGCAUCAACUUGACUGCUGCAGACACAGUUAUCUUCUAUGACAGUGACUGGAACCCGACAGUAGACCAACAGGCCAUGGACCGGGCCCAUCGGUUGGGCCAGACUAAGCAGGUCACGGUCUAUCGGCUCAUCUGUAAGGGAACCAUAGAAGAGCAUAUACUGGAGAGGGCCAGGGAGAAGAGUGAGGUAAGAAUUAAUCUAAAAUAUUUUAUCGUUGUGCAUUAGAUUUAACCCUAAAAUGGCCGGGGGGGGGUUGAAUCAACCCCCCCCCUCAACAUUUUCUGCGAUCAUUGCGCCGCGCAAAAUUUUUUGACCGCGCCACUCGCAGAGUUUAUACUUUUAAGUCUCGCGCAUCUUUUGAGACCAAAUUUACGACGCCCGGGUACGCGAUUCCGGUAUUUUGAUUCUUGUCAUUCCCGGGCCAUUAUGGCCCCCCCUUAAGAUCUCGGCCGCUGAUCGCUCGAGCGACGCAAAAAUUUGCAUGCUGGUUGUGUGCGAUGUAAUCUACAAGGCUGUAUGGUAAAAUUUUCCAAAAUAAUGAGAUUUUAUUUUAUAUGAAUUAAUUGUGCUAAUUUAUGCAUAAAUCAUACUUUUUGCUCUAAUUCACUAAAUAAAGCUCCUAGAAUGCUAAUUUUUGGUUAAAAUAUUCUUUGUAUUCAUUAUGGCCCCCCCCCCCCCCCCCGGGAGAAUUAGGGUUAAAGUUUCGCUUAAUUUCACAAAACAGUUAUAUGCACAUCCUGGCUGGUAUGCAAAUGAGGAGACUAUGACGCCAUCCACUCACUAUUUCCUUUGUAUUUUAUUAUAUGAAAUAUGAAAUAUUCUAAUUUUCUCCUCAUUGCCAAGUGAUACAACGAUUAAUUCCUCCCUGAACAUGUGGAAUUAGCAUUGUUUAAUAUUAUAUGGUUCAGUCAAGUUGGUCCUUAUUGUCAAAUCUAU